GCGGCCGCGGCUACAGGACCGGCAGCGGCGCAGCUUGGUGACGCGCGGGCUCGUGGCCGGCGCAGGCGGAUGACGUAGCGCGGCGGCUCAGCAGCAUGGCGUCCGUGUCGCUGAGCGAGGCGGAGAAGGUGUACAUCGUGCACGGCGUCCAGGAGGACCUCCGCGUGGAUGGCCGCAGCUGUGAGGACUACCGGUGCGCGGAAGUGGAAACCGGCGUGGUGUCCAACACCAGCGGGUCUGCCAGGGUCCAGCUGGGUCACACAGACAUCUUGGUGGGGGUGAAAGCAGAAAUGGGGACGCCGAAGCUGGAGAAGCCAGACGAAGGCUACCUGGAGUUCUUUGUUGACUGCUCAGCCAGUGCCACCCCUGAGUUCGAAGGCCGCGGAGGGGACGACCUGGGCACCGAGAUCGCCAGCACCCUCUACCGGAUAUUCAGCAGCAGGAGCAGCGUGGACCUGCAGUCCCUGUGCAUCAGUCCCCGGGAGCACUGCUGGGUCCUCUACGUGGACGUGCUGCUGCUUGAGUGCGGUGGAAACUUGUUCGACGCCAUCUCCCUCGCUGUGAAGGCUGCGCUCUUCAACACGAGGAUACCGAAGGUUCGCGUCCUGGAGGAUGAAGAGGGGUCGAAGGAUAUCGAGCUCUCUGAUGACCCUUACGACUGCAUGCAGCUCAGCGUGGAGAACGUGCCCUGCAUCGUCACCCUGUGCAAGAUCGGCUGCCGGCAUGUGGUGGACGCCACCCUCCAGGAGGAGGCCUGCUCCCUGGCCAGCCUGCUGGUGGCAGUCACCAGCUCGGGGGUGGUGACGUGCAUGAGGAAGGUGGGCAAGGGCAGCCUGGACCCCGAGAGCAUCUUCGAGAUGAUGGAGACCGGCAAGCGCGUGGGCAAGGUGCAGCACACCACGCUUCAGGACGUCCUGCACAAGGAGGAGAGCCUGGGGCCCCGGAGGCAGAAGGUUGGCUUCCUGGGGUGACAGUCGCCCUGCCGCGGGGGACGGUCCGAGCUGUGGUCCAGGCUGGUCUGGAACUCCUGGACUCCUGCCUCAGUCUCCCCAGUCAGUCGCCGGAGCAGUGUGCGCCACUGCACCCAGUCUCCCUUUUCCUUUGGAACUGCUCUGUAUAUAUUUUUUCUUAGCUGUUGAGAAUUUAAAAUUAAAGUCUGUUUUCCAGUC